AUGUUCUUUGUUCUUUUGUUUAUUUCAGCUGCUUUAGCAGGAAAGGGUAUUGAUAUGAGUACUGCCUUCCCAACAUCAACAUUCAGUUGCUUUGUAUCCAACGGCUAUACCCAUGCCAUUCCAAGGUGUUGGCGAAGUUCUGGCUCAUGGGAUCCAAACUGUGCGUCCAACUGCAAGAACGCUCAUUCUGCUGGAAUGUCACAAGUCGAUGUCUACUUCUUCCCGUGUUACUCGUGUGGCAAUGUAGCUGGUCAGGUUUCUUCUUUUUGGAAUCAAAUUAUUUCGAACAAAGUCGAUUGCAAGAGAGUUUGGUUUGACAUUGAAGGGACUUGGAGUUCUUCUGCCUCAACCAAUCAGAACUUCUUCAUGGAAAUGAUGAACGAAGCAAGAGCAAUUGGUAUGGUUCAUGGUGUUUAUGUUUCAAAGUAUUAUUGGGGUCAGUUCUUUGGUUCUUCAUACACCUAUAAAUAUGCUAGUUCAACUCCUUUGUGGUAUCCACAUUAUGACUCGAACCCAAGCUUCUCAGAUUUUGCUGCGUUUGGUGGAUGGUCUAGCCCAUUGAUGAAACAAUACCAAGGCACUACUUCUAUGUGUUCUGGAUCGGUCGAUUUCAAUUACUUCUAA